UGGCAGCCUAGAGCCUGUCCUCAACUCAGGAUUCCACAUGCGACCUCACUAGUUGGUGACGACAUCACAGGUCUCCUGGUUUCCAUGGUAGGGAAUCUACUCAACUGUGAGGAAACCUAUUAUCCUGUGAGAAACCUACUAUUUCUCUACUAAACACCAAUAUUUUUGGUUGUCUGGAAGAGAAUGUCUGACCAGAUCAUCUAUCUUCAGGCUAACUUGUCAUCUGUCCCAUGGGAGGGCAGUGCAGCAGCAGCAGUGCUGCCCACAGCUCCUCCUACACCUGUUUACUACCAUGUCCUCUACCGAGGAUAUGGAGAAACCCAGGUGAGCUGGCAUGGAGAGACCUACUGCCUGGUUGGUGGCUACCGGACUUAUGGAGAUGCUGCCAUCGCCACUCCAGUAAAAUCCAUAGCCGUGAAGCCAACAUUGAGGUGGGUCUGUGGAGAUGCUUCCAUUGUCACCCCAGCAAAGGCUGAAACCCAAAAGUCAGCAUCCACAAGGGCUCUCAAAAGACCUCGAUUUAGGGAAGAAUAUAAGCAAAACCUAGGGGGCCCUAGCCCCAAAAUUCGUCAUAUGAACAAUGCCCAGAAGACCCAAUAAUAGAUUGCUGGCUGAACCACACAAAUAAGACUUGAGACAAUGGAUCUUGAAAGGAAUCUAUUGCAGAGUAGCCUGGUAGAGGCCCAAUGUUCCAGAUGGACUCCUGACAUCAGUCAUAGCCAGCACCUACCAGCACAAACAAAGACAAAAUGUAGCAGAGGCUACACAGAGAACCUCAUGCCUGUGCUCUCAGGAAUAUCCCACUGAGGCUUCUACCUCCUUUCUUCUAUGCCCUUAAU